CCUUGCGUGAAGACAUUAAUUACCCGUCUCCACAUCUCAACUACCCUACCCCAUAACCAACUUAGCAGGAGCUAUACCAAAGCAUUUCGCCGUAAAGCUUCGAAAGCUGUCAGUGAUGGCAUCCGCUGGAGCAAUUCUAGCCGGUCUAUUUCUCCUUGCUGCACUCUACUGCGGCACCGACCCCUUCAAUCACCGUCCCAUGGCCAACUUUCCGGGCUUCGAGGUCUACCCCGCGGAUCUGCCGCCGUGGUCGGAGCUUCCGGCGGAGAGAGACGCCGAGAAUCGUCUUCAGAAAGCGGAGUUGAAGUUCGUAAAUCAGGUCCAAGGGCCGGAGAGCAUCGCCUUCGACCCUCUCGGUCGCGGCCCUUACACUGGCGUCGCUGACGGCCGAAUCGUGUUCUGGAACGGCGAGUUCUGGUCAGACUUCGCCUACGCUUCGCCGAACAGAUCCGAUAUAUGUAACCCGAAGCCAUCAGCUUUCAGCUAUCUGGAAAACGAGCACAUCUGCGGGCGGCCGUUAGGUCUUCGAUUCAACAAGAAAACUGGAGAUCUUUAUAUCGCUGAUGCAUAUUUUGGUUUGCUGAAGGUUGGCUCUGAAGGUGGGUUGGCUACUCCGCUGACCACGGAGGCAGAAGGUGUCCCAUUCAGGUUUACCAAUGAUCUCGAUAUUGAUGACGAUGGAAGUGUUUAUUUUACUGAUAGCAGCUUCAACUUUCAGAGGAGGCACUUCAUUCAACUGGUGCUCUCUGCUGAGCCUUCAGGGAGGCUUCUGAAAUAUAAUUCAGUUACUAAAGAAACAACAGUCCUCCUUAGAGACCUUCAAUUCCCUAAUGGCGUCUCCCUAAGCAAGGACAGAUCUUUCCUUAUAUUCAGUGAAGGCAGUCGUGGAAGGUUGAGUAGAUAUUGGUUGAAGGGUGACAAGGCUGGGACAUCUGAGGUUUUUGUUCAGCUGCCUGGUUUUCCAGAUAAUGUGAGGACAAAUGAUAAGGGAGAAUUCUGGGUGGCAAUACAUUGCCGCGCCACCAGAGUUGCCUAUAUCUUGAGCACAUAUCUCCGGUUGUCAAAAUUUCUGCUGAAACUUCCAAUUCCAGCAAGACUGCAGUUCUUGGUGCGUAUUGGUGGAAAGCUUCAUGCGGUUAUUGCCAGGUACAGCCCUGAAGGAGAGCUGCUUGAAAUGUUGGAGGAUCGAGAAGGAAAGGUGGUUAGAGCUGCCAGCGAAGUUGAGGAGAAGGACGGGAAGCUGUGGAUUGGAUCCGUCUUAAUGCCAUUCAUAGCCGUAUACACAUUAGAGUAAUGUUUACUCUCAUUUUGCAUCCUUUUUUUUUCAUGCGGUUUAAGCCUUCGGAUCUCAAUGCAUAUGGCCGGAAUAAGAUCAAAGUUUUUUUUUUUUUUUGGUUAAAUUACCACGUUUUCUUGUAGUUGAUUGAUUUGGCAAAGCAUUUUUGCUCUUUCUAGGACAUGCAGUGUGUUUCUAUAUUUGAAUUUUGAUAUAUGUUCUAAGUGGAAAGUGAAGUGCUUGGUCAUUCAA